AAUUUAUUCUCUCAUCCCAUUCAGCCGCCUCAUCCUUUCUCUCAAUCUCUUCUCACCUCAUUCCCUUUCUCUCUUGCAAUCUCGCCCCAUUCCGGAGGCGUCUCCGGCAGGCGCACUCGAAAGAGACCCAGCGCCGGCGGCGUCAUCUCCGAACGGCGAGCGGCGGCAUCUCCGGCAUAUCUUUUCCGGCGACACCUAGAUCGGCAAUACGGACGGCGGCGAACCACAUCUGUAGAGUAAGUGUCAGGUUAUCAUCCACCCUCAUAGAUGGAGAUGCUUACUACAAAUUCUGGUGCCAUGCUACCUCUUCUACCCCCAGUGGGUCGGCAUUGGGGAAGAACAAAGGCCAAGAACUUCCAUCUAGGAAGGGAUAGUUUCCAACUUCAACCUCUUAAUGGAAGGAUACAACAAGUGGUUGCUAAAGUGGGACCGCUUUUUCUCAAACCAAUUCCAUCUAUUGGGACAAGGGAAAGUGUUCUAUAUUCUAGUAGAAAGACCAACGCUUUCACAUGUUUUGCUGCUUUGAAUGCUAGAUGUGCAGCGGAGCAGACCCAAACAGUUACAAGAGAGGCUCCCACAAUCACUGUUCUUCCUGGCAAGGAGAAGUCACCGCAACUGGAUGAUGGUGAUUCUGGCUUUCCACCUCGUGAUGAUGGUGAUGGCGGUGGGGGAGGUGGCGGUGGCGGAGGCAACUGGUCUGGUGGAUUCUUCUUCUUCGGCUUCCUUGCUUUUCUAGGCUUCUUGAAAGAUAAAGAAAGUGAAGGGCCUUAUCAGAAUGAUAGGAGAAGAUGAAUAUAGUUUGAUAUAUAAUAUAAUGUAGAUCCUAGAUUUAUACUUGGAUACAAUCUCGAAAUAAACAUUUGUUUCUAGUCAUGUUAGUCUCCAUUAAUUCAUUUGAACCUUGAGUUUCCAGAGAUGUCAUUUGGAAUUUCUGUAGCCAGAGAUAUAAAAUGGUGGAGAAAGAAAGGCAGAAGUUAAAACACAGCAUUUCUACAUUUACAAGGCAAAAAUAGCAAGUGUUGAAGAUGAAGAUGGUUGGAAUUGGCAAAGCUUAUGUGUGAUUGUGUGGAGUUAUUUAAGCAGAAGCUGAGGGAUUCUGAUCAAAUUUUAGUUUUCAAGACCCACACUUGUGAUGCCUACUGCCAUUUCUUUUCAUUUUUUUUGGUUUACACAUUCUUGAGUUGGGUUAAUUUGGUACCUAUUACUGGGUCCAUUAAUACUUUUUGUAUUCUUUUUUAUAAUUUUACUUGGGCCAAGCUAUUAAAUUUUCAUUGACGUGUAA